ACCAACAGUGAGGAUUGAAUUGACGCCUCCCAGUCGAUGCAAUUGCUGACCAGAUCGCACUUCUUCCACCGGAGAACAGCCUCCUAUGCUCCCAUUUAACUCCUCCCUCCCCCUUUUGAUCCCACCCCAAAUGCUAUCAAGCCAGAGUCAUCAUCUCAUCCCACCCCUCUCGCCACACCCAACCCAUGAGCACGCCCUCCUUUCUCUUCUCCUCAAACACCAAACCAAGAGGCACCCGUCAAUCCAGGAAGCCAUCCAUGUCUACCAGCAGAUGCAAGGGAUUUGCCGCUCUCCCUUCCCCACGGACACCUUCACCUUUGCCUUCCUCCUUAAGGCCUGUGCUAACUUGUCGCAUGCCAAUGCUGGUAUCCAAUUCCAUGGACCUGUCAUCAAGAAAGGCUUCGAGUUUAACGUCUACACGCAUACUUCUCUGCUCAAUAUGUAUGCUGCUUGUGGUUGUUUGGCGGAAGCUAGGAGAGCUUUCGAUGAAAUGCCCGAGAGAAACUCGGUCGCUUGGAAUGCCAUGAUCACGGGUUACGCGAAUUGGGGUGAGCUCGGCCUUGCAAGGUCGCUCUUUCAGCAGAUGCCUUUUCGCAAUGUGAUCUCUUGGACUGGUUUGAUGGACGGUUAUGCACGAGCUCAUCGACCCGAGGAAGCUUUGGCUUGUUUUGGUCGGAUGAUGGCUGAAGGUAUAAAUCCGACGGAAAUCACAGUUCUUGCCGUCGUUCCAGCCAUCUCCAAUUUUGGGGCGCUCGAUAUGGGUGAAUCCUUGCAUGGUUACUGUGAAAAGAGUGGCAUUUGUGCACUGGAUAUUCGGGUUGAGAAUUCUCUCAUUGAUAUGUAUGCAAAGUGUGGCUCGAUAGAGAGCUCGUCCAAAGCCUUCCAGGAGAUGCACGGUCGAAGGAAUUUGGUGUCGUGGACUUCGAUAAUUUCAGGGUUUGCGAUGCAUGGGAUGGCAAAGGAGGCGGUUCGACAGUUUGAGGAAAUGGGGAGAGCAGAGGUUAAGCCAAACAGGGUGACAUUUUUGAGCAUCUUGAAUGCUUGCAGCCAUGGAGGACUGGUGGAAGAGGGAAUAAGAUUUUUCACAAGCAUGGUGUACGAACAUGGCAUCGAGCCGGAGAUCAAGCACUAUGGCUGCAUGAUCGACAUGUUGGGGAGGGCAGGGAGGUUAGCUGAGGCUGAGGAGAUGAUAGUGGGGAUGCCCAUGCAGGUGAAUGUGAUUGUGUGGAGGACCCUCUUGGGUUGCUGCAGCAAGCAUGGGGAUGUGGAGAUGGGUGAGAGGGUGAUGAGGAGGAUACUGGAGUUGGAGAAGGGCUAUGGAGGGGACUAUGUGGUCUUGUCUAAUAUGCUCGCUGAGGUUGGUAGGUUUGAUGAUGCUGAGAGGGUAAGAAGGCUUGUAGAUGAGAGGAAUGUUAAAAAGGUUGCUGGGCUUAGCUUGGUUGGUGGGAAACAGUAAUAUUUUGUGAAGAAUUCCUUGCAUGCAGUGCUUUUUUUUUGUAUCAAAAAUGAUGUAUUACUGUACCACUGCUAAACUUGCAGUGUGAAGUGGAAUGGCACCAAGGAAACUUCUGACCUGGUUGGUAACCUGCAUGAUAUCAGAAAACCUGUAUA